AGAGGUAAACAAAAAUUUGAUUUGACAGAGCGGCUGCAGGGGUUCGCAUUUUGUGACUGGUUUUAACUGAAAAAUCGUGUUCGAUGGCGUUAAAUUAGAAAAACGAUCCUACAUUUGGCUUUGAACAAUUUAAAAGAUGGAAGAUUCAACAAAAAAUUUAGAUAUUUUGAGACGGGUCAGCGGCGUCGAGAUUGGAAGUCUGUGGCUGCUGCACGAUGAGUCUUUCAAGGAAUUUUUCGACUGGUUCGGUAAAUCCGUAUCGGACGAUAACUUGGCAUCGGACAGUUUGCUGCGAGAAUAUGCAGAUCUGGAACGCAAUGAUCUCGUCCUAUCAGAAGGGGAAGUUGAAGCUGAGAUAGAAGUGCUGUGCAAAGAUUUCCCAGGCAUCCUGGAAUAUAACGACGAUGAUGUAGAGAUAUACGAGGAGCAAUUGGAAGAGCUUGUGGCCAUCGAAGAGCAGUACGAGAAAUUUAUAGCCGAUGCCAAACAGACGGAGAAGGGUUUGACCAAGGAGUUGUCCGAGCUGGAUAUGCAACUCAUCGAUGCUGAAUUCCACCAGGGAAAGACGGCCACGGAAUGCAUGGAAAAGGCUAAAUUCAUUGAGGAAAUUCAGUCCAAUUCGCAGCAGCAGAUUUUCGACAUGCAUCAGUGUUACGUGCAGGCUCAAAAUCCUCCGUUGUUCGUCUAUCAAAUGCCCAUCGAGCAGUUCAGCAUGAAGUGCGACCAGUUCCUGAAGUAUCUGGAAAUGUAUAUUCGGAAGCACUUUUCCGUGCGGAAUCUGGACGAUUCGGAACGCGAGCCGGAUCAGAACCAGCGGGAUAUCAUCGUUCAACUGGAGAGCAUCAAAUCUCGGUUGGAUGUCGAGGAAGUGAAGCUCACCGAUGCCAGCAAGGAGUUCCAGGGCUUGAAACGGAUGAUGGAGCGCUUCCAGGAUCUCAGCUGGCAACCGAUGAAGAUUGAAGUCAUGAGGAGACACUGCUCAGAACUAAAAUUUGCCAACGAGCAGGACACCCUCCGGAUAGAUGUCCUCAAGCAGGAACUGGAAAUGUACAUCCGCCAGAUGAACGAGCACAGGAUCGAGUACAUCCUGUACGAAAACAGCAAACUAAAGCUGGAACGAGCCAUCGGUCGGCUGGAGUACAUCAAAAAGCUUGCGGAGAUAGUCUCCAGCUCGCUGAUGAAUGCCGAAAUGCUGUGGAUCUUGAUGCAGCUGGAUCUGGAAAAGAUGAAGAACAAAUUCGACAACAGCGACGAUAUGAAUGCGGAAACGCAGCUUUGCUUGAAACGAAUCGAAGCGAUGCGAGCGCUGGAGCGGAACAAUGCCGAAGAGGAAGCGUUGGAGGAGUUUUCCAGUCAGAUUGGUGCGGUUAUGGGAGCGCUGAAUCUGAGUCAUUCGGCGUCAUCGUCUUCUUCGUCGGUGGACCGGUCGUUGAGUUUGAAAAAUUCUCUGCAAGACUUUGUGGACUUUAGGAAACGAGCAUUCAAAACACUGACGUCGAUUGUCAACGGAAAGUUCUACAAGAAUAUGGAUGAUCUUAUCAAGGAACUGAAUGAAAAUGAAAAAGCGCUGAACAAAUACGUAUUUGAUGGACCAGUGAACAGACCACAAUUCUUCGAUCAACAGUAUCAGGAGCGAAUGCAGCGGCUUUCGUUUGAAAUGGACCAGAUCGAUAAGGAUCUGAGGGCGCUUAAGACUGACUACCAGCAAAAUAUCAACGAACCGAAGAACAACAAAUUCUGGCGCUACAACCAAAACCUGUGGGUGUGGUUCCUGACCGAGCCGAAAAAGGUUGCCGUUGCCAUCAAGGAAGUGACCGCUGCCGCAUCGCAGAUGGCCGCCUACAAGAGCAUAUCCGGUCUCAAGUGCAAGUCCAUAGCUGACGAGAUGAAGUUCUAAAUGGAUGGCGUGGCGUACUGGUUCAUCUCCUCUUCCAGUGAUAUUAAAUAGUGGUAGCAUGUAUGUAUUAAAGCUUUUAUGGAACAUUUCGUUACUAUUCCACUUUCACACACAACACAGUAUAAUAUAUCUCUUACAACAUGUCAACAUAAAAUGCCAUGCAUCAGCGUUCGCGCAGGAAAGAAAGCCAUGCAUUGUCGUCACAUCCCCAUCGUCCUCUCACUGUUUUUGGGACAACCAGGCUUGCGGUAUGCUUCAUUAUGGACCAACCCAAGUGGUAAGCGUUUCUACUAAUUAAGCGCUCUUUUAGUAUGUUGCUCAUCCAUCGUUGUCCGCUCGUUUUACGUCGUCCAUGCAUAAUGAUUAGGUUAGUU